GGCGCAUGCGCACGGCUCGCCGCGCUCCGGCCGCGGGGCGGGGCCAUCGCGGCGCAGGCGCGGGGCGGGGCGGGCGGCGAUGGCGGCGCGGGGCGGGAGCCUGUGCCUGGCGCUGCUCCUGCUCUCGGCGGCGCCGCUGCCCCGCGGCGCCCGCGGGUCGGAGCCCGUCGGGCCGGCGGAGCCGUCGGGCGGCGCGGGCCCCGGGGAGCGGUUUAAGAUCGAGGGCCGGGCCGUGGUGCCCGGGGUGAAGCCGCAGGACUGGAUCGCGGGGGCCCGGGUGCUGGUGGACGGGGAGGAGCACGUCGGCUUCCUGAAGACAGAUGGAAGUUUUGUGGUUCAUGAUGUACCUUCAGGAUCUUACGUAGUGGAAGUUAUAUCCCCUGCUCAUAAAUUUGAGCCCGUUCGAGUUGACAUAACUUCAAAAGGCAAAAUGAGAGCAAGAUAUGUGAAUUACAUCAAACCCUCUGAAGUUGUCAGGCUGCCAUACCCACUCCAGAUGAAAUCUUCUGGACCACCUUCAUACUUUAUAAAGAGAGAAUCUUGGGGAUGGACAGAUUUCCUCAUGAACCCUAUGGUGAUGAUGAUGGUUCUUCCAUUACUGAUAUUUGUGCUUUUGCCUAAAGUUGUCAACACCAGUGAUCCUGAUAUGAGGCGGGAAAUGGAGCAGUCAAUGAACAUGCUGAAUUCCAACCAUGAGCUGCCAGAUGUGUCUGAGUUCAUGACAAGACUUUUCUCUUCAAAAUCUUCCAGCAAGUCUGGUGGUAGCAGCAGUAAAGCAGGGAAAAGUAGUUCUGGGAAAAGGAGGUAGUUAAGUCUUCCUCCUAAGUCUGAGUUUGCACAGCUAUUUGUUAUCAUAUGGUGUCAUGUUUAUUUGUCUUGAAAGAUCAAAAAGCCACUGCUGUAAACUUUAACCAGGCACAACAUACAUUAUGCUACGAGAGUGGUUUGUAGCUUUUUUUUAGAUUGUAUAAGCUGUUUUGUACUUCACAGUAAGCAAAAGAUGACAUGGCUUCAAUACUGUAUCUGUAUAAAGUUAUUGAUGAUACUGAAUUAACUAUAUUAUUCUGUAGAGAAUUCAAAUAAAUUAUACAAUGUGCUUCACAGUAAUAAAUGUCUUAAGAUAAUGUAUAAAAAUUUUUAAAAGGUAAUAGAAGUGGAGUUCAGUUUUAAGAUAUCUUUAAUGUUUUACACUUGUUGAGUUCUGAAAAGAACAAAUCAUUCUUUCAAAAUAGAGUUGUGAGUUUACCAGGUAAGUAAUUUGCCGUAUCAGCUUGUCACAUGUUACAUACAAAAUAAUUUCAUUUUAAGCUGCUUGCUGUCUGUACAGUAAGGUUGGAAGGGACCACAGGGGGUCCUCUGGUCUGAUCUCCCAUUCAGGGUCAUCCUAGAGCACAGGAUUGCAUCCCGGUGGUUCUUAGACAUCUUCAGUGAGGGAGACUCCACAACCUCUGUGGGCAUUCUUUAGUUCAAAGAUUUUCCACUACAUAUUGUCCAGUUUUACUCUGAUCUGCUUUCUGCUAAAAACUCUUUGGCAGGAAAGCAAAGUAUCUUGCAUGAGGAUGACUUGAAUCUUUCUUUUCUAAAUUACAUGUAUCACUUCUGAAACACUGGGACUUCUUACUGUUUUUAUGUGUGCUGUGCUUUCAACUUAGCAGUGGAAAGAUUUGAGGCCAAACACAGAAUUUUAAAUGAAGUUCAAAUUAACUAACUUUAAAAUGAAAAGAAAGAACUUAAGGUGUAGUAGGAAGCUAAAUUCUGCUCAUCUUAUAAAUUACAUUCCAAAGUAUAUGGCUCUCAAGGAAUGCUAAGUCACUGGCAGAACUUUGUUCUUCAAGCAUGCCUGUAUAUCUCUUAAGCAGUAUCUUUUCAAGCUAUCCAGAGAAAAGUUGAAAAAACUGAUUGUUUUUUACUAGUUGAACAUUUGCACAUUAAAAUGACAGCAAUACUUGCCAAACCCUAUUAGCAACAGUCCUUUUUCUUGUUUUCAUCGCAAAUGCUGUUCUUUACAGUUGGUAACUUCUUAGGUAACAGGGUCAAUGCAGCAUAGGUAAUGUAUAUCUGCUUCCAAAAACGGUAUUUAACAUCCACUUACAACACAUCUGAAACAAAAUCAAUUCUAGUGCAUGUAUUUGUUCUGCCUUACAGAGAAGAGGGCUAUAAAUUUUCUUAGAACACAUAUUUAGAAGUUUUGCUGGGAAACAUAAAAGUUGCAAAAGACUAAAUACUCAUUAGUAAGAUUAAGUCACUUUUUGAGGUGUUGGAGAAUAAAUAACCCCGUGUUUUCUGUGGACAGUGAAAGAUUUCACUCUGCAAAGUAAGCUGCACAUUUUUGCUCUCUCUUUGAUUUGCUGGAAUGGUUUUUUUGUUUCACAUACUAAGUAAAAUAUUUUCAGUAGAGACAAGUAAGAUAUUUGGAUAUCCUUCCUUGAAGGAUCUACUGAAAUAAGUGUCAAGGUGCAUUGAUGAAGAAAAAAAAACAAACUAUAAAAAAACCCACCUCUUCCAGCAGUAUCUUAUGAAAAUAUUAUAUGAAAAACUGCAAUUUUUUGAAGAUGGAGCAAUUAACAUUGUUACUGUGCUAUCCUAGAAAGUACAAGCAAUGAGUUACUUUUGUUUAACAGUAAUUGAAAUAACAAUUGAAUUGCAUUAGCUUAUAAUUAAUUACAUAUGAUUAUAUAUUACGCAUUUUUUCAUGUUAGGAACAUGGAAAAAUUCCAAAGGUAAGAACUAAUAUUUUUGCCUUCUUUUGUGGUGUCUGUUCACACUCUUGAUUUGUCUUCAAGGGAGAAUGGAGAAUUCAGGCCAUGAAAAAAUGGAAGUCCUUGUAAGAGUUCAGAGUGCAAAAGUUCACAGGAAUUGUAAAGACUGUAGUAAAACUUUAGAAGGAGCACAUGGAAUAUUCCACACUUCUCUUUUUCUUAGGACUUUGUAUAUGAAGGUUGAGGCAGUUCCUUUGUGCAUCAGGAUCAGAUGCAAUGUCUGCUCUCAGAAACCUGUUACCAGAAAAAUCCAAGCCCCAAAAUCUUGUACGUUAUUCACCUCCUUUUAAGACACCUUUGUUAUAAAGCAGUUUGUAAAAAGUCUGUUAGUCUGCUGCUGAACUACUGCAAGUAAAAUAUUUUUUUUCAUUUUAGAGCUGGAAUCUGUGUCAAGUGAGCAGAGAUGUUCUAGCCAGAGUGCAUUGGUCACUGGUCAGUUGGUCAUUGUUGUAGUUUAAGCUCAUCCAAUAGCCCAGCCCCACGCAGCUGCUCACUCAAUUCCCCCGGUGGGAUGGGGAGGAGAGUCAGAAGGGUAAAACAACAUUUGUGGGUCAAGAUAAAGGCAGUUUACUAGGGAAAGCAAAAUCUGCACACACAAAGCAAAACAAAGAAUUCAUAACUUCCCAUGGGCAGGCAGGUGUUCAGACAACAGGGCUCCAGCACACCUAAUGCAUACUUGGGAAGACAAAGUCAUCACUCCACAUAUCCCACUCUUCUUCCCCCAAGUCUGUAUGCAGAGGAGGGUGACUAAUGGUCUGGAUAAUCCAUUUGGUCAUUGGGGGUCAGCUGUCCUGGCUGUGUCACCUCCCACAAGGGAUGUGCACAGUCCCUGUCUCACAACCCUUGUGGAGUUGUGCAACCCCCACGUCCCUUGCUUGUAGGGGGGGCCUCAGCUCUGUGGAACACUGUUCAUCAGUAAUGAACAUUCUCAGGGUUAUCAGCAGUGUUCCCAGCAGAAGUCCUCGGCAUGGCCCCACACUAGCCACUGUGAAGGUUUUAACUACCACAGUCAAAACCAGCACAGUCAAUUAAAGCUGUAAUGUGGCCUUGGAAUAUCAUAAAUGCCACUAGGCAAAGUUUGCUUGAUCCUGAAGCAGUUAAAAUGCAAGUCUGAAUUUCAGCAGAAAAUAAAUAUUUGCUGUAGUUCAGUUCUAUUUUCUUAUUUACAGAUUUUUAGGAGUCAGUCUUCUGUGUUAGGUCUGGUAUCUCCAUUUUCAAAAAAACCAACAUAGCUGCAUUUUGGUGGGGCUUCUUGAGAUAAAAUAAGGCAGACUUAUUUUGAUAAAAUUGAAGUGACUGAUACCUCAGAGCAGAAAUUAAAGAUUUACCUGGACUAUAGACAGGCUGAUUUCCUUAUUGCCAAAAGGAGGAAGACAGGCUUCCUCAGCUUGGACUGGAUAACCCUGCUGCCUUCUGAGUACAAGUUCCGGUACUUCUCAGGCUUUGUCGUGCAUUGAUUUAACAAGCAAAAUUGGUUCAUCAGUCUGCUGGAAUUCUGUUAUGUUUUAGGAAGUUAAAUCAGCUCACAGAAGGAUUAAAGAAAUCCCAGAGACAGCAGAAAGUAAGCAACAGAAACAUUCAGUCAGAGGCAGGAAUUCUCUGUUCCUGGCAGUGAGCUCACUGCAUCUUAAGGAUUUGUUGCUGAAGAGCUCAUUUAGCCACAUUCUGAAUCAGUGGGCUGCGGAGUUUAUGACAAGCCUUGUAGAAGGAAGAGGAGACAUAUUUUGCUGAAGUCUGUUUUAGCUAUUAGUCACUUGAGAUGAUCUGGAAGGUGUUUGGAACAGUUUGAAAUAAUUUUACCAAUUGCAUCAUUGAAGAUGCUCACAUUCUAUGCGUAUAAGGAAGAAAUAUAAUGUACAGCUAUCUCCCCUUUGUUUUAAACAAAAAAAAAUUGUUGGUGCUGUUUAUCUUUCUGAUGCAGUGGGGGUGCUCAUGGCUCCAUAAGUGGGGUGUGUAUUGCUUCAGAGAGACAGGCUGGCUUGUGAUUAAGGCUUGUAUUUGUGAAGAGAGCUUUAGUAUCAAGUCUCUUGAGUUGGAAUGCAACUGUCAGACGGUACAAAACAUCUAUUAUUUCUAUUUCAAAUUCUUGUGUAUGACUUAUGAGAAGCUCAGCUCAUAAAAGUAAUUGUGAAGACAAAUUUAGUAAUGAGUAUUGGGUACUCAGAUAGUGUGGCAAUGAACUUAAUAAAAAAAAUCCGGUAUGUAAUCUUGUUAAAGAGUACCUUUGUUCAGCAUUAUUGUGUAGAUGUUUAUAUUUAUCUGUGAAAGCAACCCUUUUUAAGUAACUGCAUGUCAAGAUUUCAAAAACAAUCUAGGCAAUUUAACUACGUACCAUUUUCCAACUUACUGAAAAGUGUAUUAAAUAACUAAAAUCUAUUUAAACAUCUCCACAUGGGUGUUAAUGUACCCUUAAUUGCAUAGAGGUCAAGUGUGAUCAGUAGCUCAAAGAGAGCAAAGUUUGUUUUACAGUUUGAUAAAAGGACCCUAGGCUAACAGCGAUAAAAGUAUCUUAAAGUACUAAAGUGAUUAAAUUUUCAUAUUUAAGACAUCUCUGACCUUAAUUUUGUUGCUAUUGGUAGUUACUAGAUAGUGAAUUUGUAUUCCUACAAUUUUAUGUUUCAUUUGACACUUAUUUCUUUUAAGAAAAUAAACAGUAUAAAAUAAACAGUAA